ACGAUUGGCAGCAGGCUAUUACCAUACGCUGUCUUGCCAGUUAGGACACCAACUCUGCUUCCGCGAAACCUGGACAUAUUCAAACAUUGAAAGAGAAAAGAAUUCAAAUUCACUUGUUCCUCCAAUUGGGCUCUGGAUUCUCCACCUUAAUUGUCCUCCCGUGCGAGAUUCUUGUUGAUUUUUCACCUUUUAUUGUGGAAUUCUUUGUUUUUUUUCUUGGGAGCAGGAGGGAGGGAGGGAGGGGGAGAGAAGUAUGAAUCCGAACUGGGAAUUGAAGGGUUGUUGUCAGCAUGAUCAAGUGAUGUUUCUUGCUACAAUUGGCGUCUUCACUCUUGUUAUUCUUGCUCUAUGGAGGACAUUUCUUCUCACGCCUUUUAAGCUCAUCACUGUAUUUCUUCAUGAAGCAAGCCAUGCAAUUGCUUGUAAGCUUACAUGUGGUGAGGUGGAGGGCAUCCAGGUUCAUGCAAAUGAAGGCGGGGUCACUCAAACACGUGGUGGUGUAUAUUGGUUGAUCUUGCCUGCUGGAUAUCUUGGUUCAUCAUUUUGGGGUAUGGUUCUCAUACUUGCAUCAACAAACCUUCUCACUGCAAGGAUUGCUGCUGGUUGUCUUAUCCUUGCUCUUCUCAUCGUGCUCUUUAUUGCCAAAAAUUGGACACUGCGAGGACUUUGUAUUGGAUUCAUCAUAUUUAUUGCUGUUAUUUGGCUGCUGCAAGAAAUGACAAAAGUCCGUAUCCUUCGGUACAUUAUUCUCUUCAUUGGUGUCAUGAAUAGUUUGUUCUCUGUCUAUGAUAUAUAUGAUGACUUGAUAUCUCGAAGGGUUCACUCGAGCGAUGCUGAGAAGUUUGCGGAACUUUGCCCGUGCCCGUGUAACGGGGUUGCAUGGGGGGUUAUCUGGGGAAUGAUAUCCUUCAUAUUCCUCUGUGGAGCGAUAUAUCUCGGGCUUGUCAUCUUGUCUUGAGGGUUCACAGGACUUGGCUUUGUGGUUAUGGCUGCUUGACAACAUAAUACAUUGCCUCCGACGUUUCCUGUCCUUGCCGGGACGCUUUCUUGUAUGUACACUUACUUGAUUGAUACGUCGAAUUCAUUCUUGGCCCGGCAGGUGUGCCAUUGCGUACCUCCUCAAGGUCACAUUUCUUGUGUACAGCAGGAUUACCAUAUUUGCAUGAUUGAAAUUUCUGAUCUGUUUCCAAUGAGCAGAUAUUUGGUUAGGUCGUCAGAGAUGACUAAAAUAUGGAACGUACAUAGUUGAGGAUUUUACAUCUCGAGUCGAUACUGCUGUUGGUUGAGGAUAUGUUAACGGUUUAUACGCCGCAAGAACUUUGUAAAAUUCUAUUCGGGAUCAGGUUAGAUCGAAUUGGACUAAUUACGUAACAAGUGUAAUGUAUUGUUAAGACAUCAAACUUUAAAGAAAAUACAAGAUCAUGCAAAAAAAAAAAAA